AUGGGUAACGGUGGUCCCGCCGUUUCGCUACCGGCAACUCCGCAGCAUCUCCGCCCUGGAGCGGCCCUAGACGACCAGAUUCGAUCAUUGGAAGAAGAAUGGAGACUUGGUCUCAAGAUCCGUGGCGCUGAGUGGUCACCAAAACGAUCAAAUACAGAUGACACUGCCGAUAAGAUCUAUGCGCUUGUCAAGUUCCUGUUCUACAGAGCUCCAACCGCCCUCAAGCAGGCAAUUGGAGAGUUCAGAGCUGCUGCUCCAGGCUCACGGCACCAAGACCGCUUAGCGUUACUUCGUCGGAUUCUGUCCAGCACAAAAGAGAGUGAAUUGGCCACGCGGGGUAGGACGCCGAGAAACGAACCGCCUAAGAGCCUAGCGGCAUCCUUUAGUGGAGCAAAGCCUGCCCAGCAAUCAACGAGUCGAUCGUCUGACGUUCAUCAAGAUGAGCGUAAUUCAUAUGCGACUGCUGUUGACCCGGGAUCACCGACAGAUGUUGAUACCGAUGAUGAGACGGAUCAAAGAUACGAAACACCACUGUCGCCGUCAAGAUCGCCAUCACCGUCUGUUAGGUCGGCCCAGACGCUCUUACAGGCAAGUAGCCAUGCCUCUUUACAUGCCUCCAAGAAAAGGCCUUCUGAAAGCUCCAUUCAUUCCGAGAAAUCGCAGAAGUUGACCAAGAUCUCAAAGGGGAAACAGGCUGUCAAGUCUUACAAGUCCUCGCCUAUCCCACCACCGCAUUUCAAGGUCCCAACGCUCGAUAUGGCUCGCUCCAUACAAGUCUUGAAUUCCGUCCCAUCUUCGGUCAAUACAUCCUUCAACAACACUACGUUCUCUUCCCAAGAGACAGCGAAUACCACAAACACCUCGUUCACCUCGUACGAUGGCAUCAACGAGUUAUAUGGAAGUAGUAUCUCUAAGCCUCAACUUAAAAGGACGAGCUCGACUACACUGGGCUCCCUGGAUGAUCACGAACUGUAUCAAGCCAUUUCUCGUUCAAGGAGCGAAGUAUCCGAGCAGGAAAUUCAGCAAGACCUGAAUGAAGACUUCUCGCAAAGAAGCAGCGGUCAGAGUAGGUAUACUUCUGGAUCUAUGGACGACAACGAUCUUCUCGAAGCAUCUUUCGAGGUUGAAGAGAAGGAGGCCAAACUGCGAGUGAUUCCAGAUGGAAAGAUGGAGAGUUCUAAAGCGCCUGCCCUUGUUGAAAAUCACCAUGAGCAUUUGCGCGCAUCUGCAACGAUACUAUUUCCGUCCAACGGAGGUGCAGACGAUCAAGAGACAGCGUUGAUUACUAGUGUGUCUCCCUCGAAGAUGACACACGAAAUACGCAAUCUACCCAAACAGAAUCUCUUUCUGGACACGCUUCCCGGGGCGCUCGAAUUUAUGCCCUACUUUCUCUUGUUCAUCUGUCUACGCCUAGCAACAACAAACUCCCUCGCAAUACAAGAAGUAGUACGUGGUAUGGACGUAUCUACCGUAUCCGCCGACCCCGAAGCCUUUUGGUCCUUCAUCGAGAAACACGACAAGAUAGCCCACGUGAAGCUGCGCGAGCAUGGGCGCCUCUGGCAAGCAGCGAAGCGCAACUUUGAUGGUUAUACUUUCAAAGGGCAUAUGACUUUCAGCCUCAAAGACACCGGACCGAUUAUAUACACCACUCUGUUGCCGAUACAAGCAGAUAAAUCAUGUCGACUUCAGCGAAUGUUUGGGUCAGACCGAUUCCUCUACUUGAACACUCCCGUCUUCAACUCUUCCAAAACGAAUCGUUUCAACGCUGAUCAGGUGCAACAAAUUCGAAGUCAAUGGCAAGCAUGGCUCCUCAAGGAACACUCCUUUUCAGGUCGUAAAUGGAGAGUCUUUUACGUUGGGGAGCUGAAGAGAGGCAAAACCAUCCGCCACAAGGAAUCGAUUCACGAUAAAAGGAUUGUGCUAUUCGCCACGGAAGGUUGCGGAAUUGACCGACCCUACUCUGUGGGUCAAAUGCUCCAUCGAUUCAUGGCGUUCGAAACCAACGGCAAUCAACGUGUGUGCAAACUGUUUGUUCGUAUCGAACUCGGGCUUUCACGAACUGUACCCACGCUGUGCUUUGAGGUGUCGCAGAUGAGACACGUGGCCGAUGACCUUGCGACAAAUCAUCCGGAAGAUACUCGCUUCAACGAUCCUACUUUAGAAUGGGAGGGGUUUCCAGAUGACGCGGUCAUGAAUGACGGAUGCUCGGUCAUGUCUGUGGGUGCUGCACUGGCUAUAUGGCAACUUUACAAGAAAGCCACAGGGGUGACUGGUCCCUUGCCGAGUGCAUUUCAGGGACGUAUCGGCGGAGCUAAGGGUCUCUGGAUGAUCAGCGCAGAGUCGUUCACUAAGGAUCCUGAUCAUUUGAAGCACUGGAUCACGAUUACCGGAAGCCAGUGGAAAUUUAAUCCACCUACGGACGAAUCAGUGCAUCAUCACCGCACGUUCGAGUUAUCAGAUUACAGCUCUGCACCGUCACCAUCGGAGCUGCACAUAUCGUUCAUUCCCAUUCUGAUCGAUCGUGGUGUAUCGAGAGAGAUUGUAGCUGAUCUUAUGAAGGAGCGUUUGGAUGCAGAGCGUAAGAAGCUGUUGGAGUUGCUCCCUGAUCCUGUCAAGACGUACGAUUGGGUUCACCGACACGGGGCGAAAACGCUAACUGAAGCAACUUGGCAAGCUGCACUACCGGGAUCUCUUGAGGACAAGCUGAAGUUUCUACUCGAGUCAGGAUUUUUGCCUACCAAAUUCCCAUACCUCGCCAAGACUCUCGAGCGCUUUAUACAGACAAAGCAAAUCUUUCAGGAGUCCAAGCUGCGUGUACCCCUUGCAAAGUCGGCAUAUCUCUUUGGGGUGGCAGAUCCGUUCGGUGUGCUGGAGCCGGGAGAGAUUCAGGUACAGUUCUCUUCUUCCUUCAUCGACGAGAAUACGGACGAAAAGUACCUUUGCCUGAGGAGUGUAGAAGCACUUGUCGCCCGCCAACCCACCUGUCGCCGCUCGGAUAUCCAAAAAGUACGCACGGUCGUACGUCCUGAGCUAUCGCAUCUGGUAGAUGUGGUAGUCUUUCCCUGCAAAGGGCAGUACCCGCUAGCCGGAAAGCUGCAAGGAGGCGACUACGAUGGCGAUAAAUUCUGGGUCUGCUGGGAACCCAAACUUGUGCAGCCUUUCUUGAAUGCUCCAGCGCCAGUAAAUCCCCUAGAUCCUGAGCAGUACGGUAUAGAGACAAGAACAGAGCGACUUCGGGAUAUCAUGAACACUCGCCAACUCAAAAAAGUGGACAAUUUUCUCCGCGCAGCCUUCGAAUUUCGCAAUAACCCUUCUCUACUUGGAAUUGUCACUGUCUUUGCGGAGAAACAAGCAUAUACAGAGAAUUGCAUCCAUUCUCAAACGCUUGAACAUCUGUACAAUAUGCAUGACUUGCUAGUGGAUGGAGCAAAACAGGGCUAUGUGUUCAAGCAGGCGACGUUCUUUCGGUGGGUACGCGACCUGACAAAACGACAGAAGGAGCCAGCUUACAAGACUGCGAUGGAAAGUUGCGCCACUGCCAGGGAUUCUACAGAAGUUGAGAAAUUACGGAAACAGAGGUAUCGAUACAACCCGGACCAUGCUAUCGACUACAUCUAUUUCGAUAUUGUGAGAGCACACAACAUGGAGACGAUGACGCAGGUCAAAUACUUCUUCUCACAGCCUACUGAGCUAGAUGACGUGCUACUUUAUCCCAGCCAACGCCUCACAAAAACAAUGUCGAACACGGUCAAGCAAGAAUUCAUGUCUUUGACCACCAAGUUGGAAGACGUCAAUCAUACCUGGAAUACUGGCUGUCAUCGUGAUGUGAUCACAGCGGAGCAGUUCAAAACGGUCGUGGAUAAUUGCUAUGAAAAGUACCGCGCUAUACGGCCCGACAAUCCUGGCCAUCCUGAAGUUUCUAGAUGGCUGGAAGAGUACCUUGUUCCUGGAUCAUGUCCAUGGGAUUUCAUCAAAGCAUCGGCAUUGUAUAAGAAGUUCGACUGGCCGGGAAAAUCCACUUUUGUUCUCACAAUGGCAGGCCGGGAACUCGCGCGUCUAAAGGCCGAUAGCUCUGACAACACCAGGGCGAUAGUCACAUCUAUCCGCGCCAUCAUGAGGCCGAAACCUAUCAAAACGCCGAUCCAGUACGAUGAGGAAGACGAGGAAGACGAUUUUGAGAGUGCAUUCGAGGAGCCCAUCUUGUAA